AUGGAAAUAGAGAAAGGAGAGAGUGAAGGGAGCAAAGAGAAAGGAGAGAGUGGAGGGAGCAAAGAGAAAGGUGAGAGUGAAGGGAGCAAAGAGAAAGGAGAGAGUGAAGAGAGCAAAGAGAAAGGAGAGAGUGAGAGGAGCAAAGAGAAAGGUGAGAGUGAAGGGAGCAAAGAGAAAGGAGAGAGUGAGAGGAGCAAAGAGAAAGGUGAGAGUGAAGGGAGCAAAGAGAAAGGAGAGAGUGAAGAGAGCAAAGAGAAAGGAGAGAGUGGAGGGAGCAAAGAGAAAGGUGAGAGUGAAGGGAGCAAAGAGAAAGGAGAGAGUGAAGGGAGCCAAGAGAAAGGAGAGAUGGAAGGGGGCAAAGAGAAAGGAGAGAGUGAAGAGAGCAAAGAGAAAGGAGAGAGUGAAGGGAGCAAAGAGAAAGGAGAGAGUGAGAGGAGCAAAGAGAAAGGUGAGAGUGAAGGGAGCAAAGAGAAAGGAGAAAGUGAAGGGAGCAAAGAGAAAGGAGAGAGUGGAGGGAGCAAAGAGAAAGGAGAGUGA